ACAUAUGAAAUCAUCAUAUAUAUAAAAGAGAGAUCAAAAAGACUCGAUCAUCGUCCGCCUUUAGCUGUUUUUUUGUUUAAGAUUUCCUACUCUAGAGGAUCAAGCUAUUCCCCUUCUCCAUCUCCAUACAAGAGGAGUGCUGAAAGUGAUGUUGAAAAUCCUGGGAACAAUUUGUAUGUGACAGGCUUGUUACAUCGGAUCACCAAGAAAGAGCUGGAGAAGCAUUUUGCAAGUGAGGGAAAGGUUGUUGAUGUUCAUCUUGUGGUUGAUCCGUGGACAAGGGAAUCCCGUGGUUUUGGAUUUGUUACAAUGUCGACUAUAGAGGAAGCUGAACGAUGCAUCAAGUAUUUGAACCGCUCUGUUCUGGAAGGGCGUGUCAUUACGGUAGAAAAGGCUAAGAGGCGGAGGGGGAGAACUCCUACUCCUGGAAGGUAUUUGGGAUGA